ACUAUCUACUGACUGCCAGUGACAACAUGGCGACUGCAGAGAGCGUGUCAGCAAAUAUAACCACCAUCAGGAACUGCACGAUACAGAUUACCAACAUGAGCAACGUCUACAACCUCAUCAACCCACAGGUCUAUACGUUCAGUGGGUACUGCUGUGAUCCUCCUCAGCCCACAAUCAGAUCCAACAAGACAGGAGUCUGUGCAUUCACUAAAACUCAGUACAGUGCCCGUGGGGCCGUAGGGGUCUUGACCUAUGACCUCUAUCACACGGAGAACGAGGCGUGCUCUGAACGCAUAGCUCUUCUGUUCUCCGUUCCAUUCGACUACAUCCUCUACUAUAACAUGUUCGCUGUCGGGGUGUUGGAGAUAUCCCGUGAGUGCGAUAAAGCCCUCUACCACUGCAUGUAUGAAGGGAAACAAACAGGUUUUAUCCGUGAGAAUGCAAUGGUGUCUGGAAUCACCUACAAGGGAGAGACGGUUGAAUUAAAAGCAACUAUGUCAAAUUUGGCCAAAGCUAUUAUUAACCUGGAGAUCCGUGACAAUAAAAAAUAAAGAGUUG